CGGCGCUGACAGCUUCCGGCCAAAAUUAAUGGCUGCAUAUCUGUCAGAUGGAUUACAAUGCUCAAUGUUUGGUUUCUUAUGGCCUCAUGGUGACCGACAGGAUUUAAUUAAUGGAGUUUACUAUGUUGCAAAGACUGGAUGUAUAAGAGUUCGGACAUAGAUCUGCUUGAGGAGUAGAAGACUAGCUGUUCUUUUUCUGUAGUUGACAAUGCCAUCAGCGAAUCUCGUCAUGAAUGAAGUGGACGUGGUCAAACUCAUCUGUGAGUUCCUCCACAACAGACAGCUCAACAUCUCCAUGUUGUCUAUGGAGCGGGAAACAGGAAUCAUCAAUGGCUUCUUCUCCGACGACAUGCUGUUCCUGAGACAACUCAUCCUCGAUGGACAGUGGGACGAUGUCAUUGAGUUUAUCCAGCCCCUCGUCACCGUCGACAACUUUGACAUGAAGGGGUUCCAGUUCAUCAUCAUGAAACAUAAGUAUCUGGAAUUGUUGUGCAUUAAAUCUGAACCUAAUGUGAUGCAGAAUUACGAGUUCACCGUGGAGGAGGUGGUGAAGUGUUUGAACUCCCUCGAGGAGUUCUGUCCCAACAAGGAGGAGUACAGCAACCUGUGUUUCCUUCUGUCUCUCCCCAAACUCUCGGACCACGUUGAGUUCCAGAACUGGAACCCCAGCAAUGCCCGAGUUCAGUGCUUUAAUGACAUCGUGCCACUGGUGGAGAAGUUCCUCCCUGUGGACAGAAGGGACUUGAAGAACACCACGGCCCAGAAUGACCGACUCAUCCAGCUCGUGCUGAAGGGACUCCUGUACGAAUCCUGUGUUGAAUACUGCCAACAGCAGGCAACUAACGAUGAAAGCGAGAUCAAGUUCUCGUCUGUUCUGAGUGACACUGGAUUCAAUGAUGCUGAUCUUAGUUUAUUGUCGUGGUUACAGAGCAUCCCAUACGAUACCUUCUCCUGUCCCUUUGAACAGAAACCCCUGAAUGUAGACAUUCGACCCUUUGUUAGACCUUCGCUGGAAGCUUCUUGGUCUGAGCAGAUCCUUGUGACUCCCAUCAAGCCGAAGAUGUUUCCUCACUCCGCUAUUCCAUCAGUGAGACCCCGGUCAGCAGAGAUCAUGACUCGCUCACUGAACCCGCAGUUUGAUGGCCUGACCAGUGGGCUGUUCCAGGGGCGGAAGGACAGCAUGUCCACUUCUAACGACUUCAACAUCCUCUCCAGAUCUAUGGCCCCAGGAACCAAUCUCAACAACUCUUUGAAGAAUCCGAUGCUGAUGUCUGUUGACAAACUGUUUGCCACUGGUGAAAUUGUAGACACUCACACUUCUAUAUCUGAUGAAAUCAAAUCACCACUGCGUAUUCCGCCAGGGAAACCACCUGCGAGAAGCUCAACACCUCCGUCUGCUUCACCCAGAGGUCAAGUUCAAGGUCAGGUUCAACCAGGAUCAUCAGUUGUCCCCCCUAGAUCAAUGUCGCCGUCACAGAGUGUGACCAUGGAGUCCCGGACGUCCCCGCGUGUGCAGGGCAACUCGGUGCAUGACUCCAGCAAUGAGCUGUACAAGGAGUACCAGAGGCAGAGACAGCUCCUGCAGGACCAGCUCGAACUGCAGGAGAAGCAGCGCAUGAUCUACCAGAAGGAGCUGCAGGAGAUUGAGAGCAAGCAGCAGCAUCUCUUGGUUGACAACCGCUACAAUGAUGACCCCCAGACCCCCGCCUUUCCCCAGAUUGGGGGGGACACACCCAGGAUAGCUGGAGAUCCAGGAUUGAAAACGAGCACGCCUAAAGUCUUGCCUACCACAUCAUCCCCCAUAGUGCCUCAAACAUCACCCAUCACAUCUCAGGAUAAUGCUCAUCCCCACCCCUCUCAAGCCACCCCACAGGCUGCCCCACAGGCUGCCUUGCAGGUGCCCCCAGGACCCCCCCAGGGGCUGAAUCUCACACCGCACACCAGUAUUUCACAGUCCCCCUCUCAACAAACAGCUCGUAACAAGGCCAAGGUCACUGCCACUAAGACAGGUGCCCAGUCCAAAACCACCAAGCCUGCCCCAGUGGUUAAAGACGAUCAGAAGAGUGGCAGUCUGCACAUGUCGCAGUUAACGUCUGCUGGGCCGCCGACUCACGCCACCACACCCAGGGGAGGGAAUCGGCCACGCUUCGUGGCAGUGUCCACUCUAGAGGACCAGCAGGCUAUCAGGACCGUGGCCUUCCACCCUAAUGGAGACUUCUACGCCGUCGGCUCAAACUCAAAGAUACUCCGUAUCUGUCGAUUCCCUGACACCUCAGCCCUCAGAGAGGAUCAUGUGACCCAGGAGGCCGUGGUUGUUCACAAGAGCGUGCGGCACCACAAGGGCUCCAUCUACUGCGCAGCCUGGAAUCCCCUCGGGGACCUCAUUGCCACCGGCUCAAACGACAAGACCAUCAAGCUCCUGCGCUUCAACACAGAAGCAGCUAAACCAGAUGGUGCAGAGCUGGAGUUAUCUUUCCAUGACGGCACAAUCCGCGACCUCGUGUUCAUGCAGGACGCAACCAACAGGUCGUCGCUGCUCAUCAGUGGAGGCGCGGGGGACUGCAAGAUCUACGCUUCGGACUGUGAGACGGGGACACCAAUCAGAGCCAUGACGGGACACACAGGUCAUGUCUAUGCCCUGCACACCUGGGGAGGCUGUAUGUUCGUGAGUGGAUCGCAAGACAAGACAGCUCGCUUCUGGGACCUGCGGGCGUCCACUGCCAUAACUGUAGUGCCCAGCCAGACAGGCAGUCCAUUUGCAUCAGUGUGCGUGGACCCGUCCGGGCGCCUGCUGGCGUCAGGACACGAGGACGGGGUGGCUAUGCUGUACGAUAUCCGGGGGGCCAAGGUGGUCCAGACGUUCAAGCCACACAGCAGCGAGUGCCGGUCAGCUCGCUUCUCCAUGAACGCCUACUACCUGCUCUCCGGCUCCUACGAUGGACGGGUGGUACUCACCGACCUCCAUGCCGGUUCCACGGAAGGAGGAGAGAGUGACCUUUUACGACCCCUCCCGAGCGUGGUCGUCGCAGAGCACAGAGACAAGGUCAUCCAGUGUCGCUGGCAUCCCUCUCAGCUGGCUUUCCUCACAACUAGUGCUGAUCGCACAGUCGUCAGCUGGGCACUUCCUGCCAGUUAAAUGUAGAAGGUCAAGGACAUUGUUUCUCAAGGGGUCGAACAGUUCCUUGAUCAUUUGUCAUAGCUCCCUAUUCAAGGUCUAGAGCAUAACAUAUUUUGUGUAAUUUCGAGAUAUUUUUAUGUUACAGUUUAUGUCAGGUGAAAGAAUCUUCCUCAAUUGUAUUGGAUCUGGUUUCCAUGGAAACAACAUGGUGGAAAUAUCUCAACAAAAUAUUGUUGUACAUGAAAUGAUGUCAAAAAUGAUAAGUAGAUUGUAUCUGAAUAGAAAUCAACAAAAUAAUGACACUUUUCAAAUGAUUUUGUUAACUUCUUGACAGCCUAGUAUAGAAGUUGAUAUGUGUGACAUCUCCACCUCCAUCUGAAGUCACUGAAGAGCUCCCUCUUCGCCUGCUGUUGAUUGCAUGAUUAUCUCCCCUUGUAUCUGAUGUCAGUGUGUCACCAUGGUGAUGUCUGUGUUCACCGGUGUCUAUACUGUAAACAGCCUGUGUUGUGUCAUCCACAGGGGUCUGAUAACACAUUGUCGGCCAUCACCCAUGACCAUAUAUACUGAAUAGUUAUCUUUGUAUCAGCCUUACCAAUUUGAAUCAUUGUGUUGUGAUACAAAUGGUGGAAAGGACUGAUUGUUGAGACUUGAUGUUCUUUUGAAACAUGUGAAAUAACUUUUCAUAUAACCAUGCUGAUAUUGUAUACUAUUGUGUAACCAUGGUGAUGAUAUAGAUCUACUUUUGUGUAUCCAUGGUGAUAAUAUAGAUCUACUUUUGUGUGUCCAUGGUGAUAAUGUCUAUGGGUGUUCACGGUAAUAAUAUCUACUUUUGUAGAUGAUGAUAACUGAUAUAUAUAUCCUUUAUUCAUGUUGAUAUGUGUAUCUAUGGUGAUAAUUUAUUCAUGAAUACUUUUGUGUAUCCAUGGUGAUAAUCUCUACUUUGUGUAUCCAUGGUGAUAUGUCAGGGUAUGCAGUUAAUACAUCAUCGUAUCCAUGGCAAUCAAUCGGUGUUGUGUGUCCAUGUGUUGAUAUUCACAGCUGGUGUGUGAGCUGCGUUUAUGUGAUGCAGCCAUGGUAACCAGCAAGGUCGUCCCCACGUGGAUGAAAAAUCCGGAAGUCUUGGAUCUGAGCUUAUUGUAUUCUAAUACCGGCGAUACAGGCACAGUAGACAUAUUGGUCAUGUUAACCCCUUAGUUUCGUGUUGUGUGUGACUUUUCGUAUGACAAUCUGUGUUGCACGCAAGUUAUUGAGAGCUUUCUUACAGUGAAUGGAAGUUGAUGCUACAGGUGUAUACCAUCAUCCUCCCUUAUCCAGGGUACUAUAUCUCCAUUCAACACCCUGGACUCACUCUUUCACCAUUCGCCGCUGUGGCUGUUGGAAGUGAAGGCACCACCUCCAUCUCCUUAUCACUCAUGAGCUUGAAAUCAACAACCAAUCAAAAGCCUCUUCUGAGUUUGGCACAGAUCUUCAUUAAAAUUUGCAUCCUCUUCUGAGCCAGCCUUCGAUGUAUUUAAAGAAUCACAAGACUGUUAAAAAUGAUUAUUAAUCCAGGAAAGAUUUUUUCCUGAGUAUUCGAGAGGUGGGGAGAAGUCCUUAUCCUGCAAGACGUUCAGGUUGUAUUGGUGAUGACCCACACAAGUUGGGACGAGUCCUGGUGAUGAGAGGAACAGUGUCAUUUGAUUGAAGCUCUUAGUUAUAGGGUCAUGUCAUUCAAACCACCGGCCUCAGAAGGAGUGGAAAAUUGGUCAAGGGUAUAUAUUACAGAAUGGAGAUAUGAUACAGAGUAUAAUCGAUGAUCCUUCAACGUAUCUACUGUAUAAGGGGUUAAAGAUGGCAUUGCUUGUCCUCAGAUCACAUCUAGGAUUGAUAAGAAGCGAAACCAGGUCCACUCUCGAUGGUGUACGAGAAAGUUCACCUUCCAUAUUCCUGCACACCCCUCUAGGGACACACAUAAACAAUUCAACAUGUUGUGCUCAAAGUAACAAAGAGGUAAUUGGGGAUAUGUUUUCGAAAGAAAACUCACUGACCAUGAUCUAGACUGACUAGGAAGUGGCCUAUGUGGAUGAAGUCACAGGUUAUCACUAGGUCCAUAUGAAGGCAAUGUUUGUCAGCUAGUAUGUAUGAAUUUGUUAAAUUCUGUAUUCAAAGUCAUAUUUAAUGACAGUGCUUAAAUUCUCAUAUGUUGCACAUUGUAAUUCUUCUACAAUGUAUGUUGCCAUCACUCUGUAUAUCGUGGAGAAGACAUGAAGAAGGUAGAGAAGGUUGGUAUUUGAAGAAUACAGAGUUAAAAUAUCUCGUCUCCUUAUCAAAAUCAAGUUGACCUAUCCUACUGUCUCAAUAGACCAGAUAGGUAGAGAUAUAAAUCACUGAAAGAUAGAUCAGAUGUGUGGAGAUAUAAAUCACUGAAAGAUAGAUCAGAUAUGUGGAGAUAUAAAUCAUUGCACGAUUGAAAGAAUAUCUGUAUUGUGCCAAAUUUGAUACAUUGUGCAAGGACGGAUCCAGCAUGUUUGAAAGAGUUGGGUCCACUAACAAACUCCUCUCUCAGUGUCUCACUCAAGGGGUGGGGUUGGAAUGGGGGGCUGGUUCUCUACAGCAUACCACAUUUGGUUUUCAAAAGGUCCAUGGGGUCCGGCCCCCUACUCUGGAUCCGCCCCCCUCCUCUGGAUCCGCCUAUGUUGUGUAUUAAUCCCCAGUAUUGCCUGCUUUAAUCAUUGUAGUGAACUACCACUUUAUGGUCCUUGUAUGUCAAAUGCGGAUAUAGAGGGAAACACCAGGCAUGUGGACACUCACCAAGACUUCAGGGGUGUCUAGUGGGGCAUGGGGGACCGAGUCGUAUAAGGCGCUGCAAUCUGCGGAGAAUAUUUGCGUCCCUUAGGCGUGGUUGGAUUAUAUUUUUAGGUAUGUCAGCACCAUACCUAUUCUUGUGGGUGUGACCAAUGUAGUGCAUGACUCCGGGCUUGAUACCCUUUCCAUGCCUCCCUACGAAGCCGUACUGGCAAGUAUGAUGAAACCAUAUUCUAAAUGGGGCCCAGUAUUUGGCGUCGCAAUUCGCUGUGCAGAGUUGCAUCCCUUUGGGCACACCAGCAUACUACAAAUGUGGAUUUGAAUCCCGGAUAACCCCGAUUAUGUUUCUAUGUUUGUCAGCACCACACCCAUGCUUGUGGGUUUCACCAAAGUGGUAAACAUUUGAGACCUGCAUCACUUCGGGCUUUCCUCCCACAUGAAGCUGACACGCUGUGAUAUAACUGGAAUACUGUUCAAAGCGGCGUUAAACCCGACUCACUCACUCCCAUAUCCUACAUACAAAGUCAGUGCCACCACUGUGAAGCACGUAUGAAGCCCACCUGGAUGCUUUUCUCUAACUCUCUGAUUUUUGCUCGCUGGCCAAUGUACUUACCUCAUUGUCACAUCCUUUGUUUCUUCGAUUUGUUCACAUUUUUAAAAUUAGAUCCUCCUUCGUUGACAUACUGUAUUGUCCUUGUUUCUGCCUGAUAUUACUUUCGGAAGUAUUACGGACGAACUCCGCCCAUGUGUUACCUUGACAAUGUUCAUUCUUGCCUCAGUUGCCAUGUUGCACUGUUAGAUUGCUCCUGCUACUGCUGCCCUGUGCUGGGUCAGAGGGUUCAGGUCCUCAGACAGCCUGUGUACCACGAACCUAUACCAGGCCAUACCUACAUGUACAUGUUGUCAUGGCUCGUGGGGGGGAGCGGGUGGCCCAGUCGUCUGAGGCGUCCCUUGGGCACGCCAGAAACCUAUGAUUAUGGGUUCGAAUCCCGGUUCGCCCCGAUUAUGUUUCUAGGUUUGUCAGCACCAUACCCGUGCUUGUGGGUUUCACCGAAGUGGUAAACGUCUGAGACCUGCAUCACUUUGGGCUUUUCUCCCACAUUAAGCUGACACGCCGUGAUAUAACUGGAAAACUGUUAAAAGCGGCGUUAAACCAAACUCACUCACUCACUCAUGGCUCGUGGCAGCAAGUAGUAACACUAUGCCUCCUAACCUUGCUCUACGACUUACCUGGUCUAACUCAUAGAUAGCCAGGGUCAGUACUUGCUAGUAUUCUCCAGAGAACUGACCUUGAUAGUAAUAAUGUACAAUUUGUGUGGAGGACAGCUUCUGUGUUUAGCAUACACGACCACUUUUGUUCAGCAUGAAUAUUUGUAAUGUGUGGUGGAUGAGGUGAAGUUGUCAGCGACAGGAAAUUCUUGUUAUUACCUUGUCCAACUGCUACUGUGCCGAUCAAACAAUUAAACUGACUUGACUUCCGUCACAUUGUUAAUUUGUAGUAAUGGAAAACAAUCAAAUAAUAAAUCUUUGAUUAGUUUUCAUUUAUUCCACUUAUAUGACUGGUUGGUAAUUUGCUAACAUGAAAAAAUAUUACCUGAAAGGACAUUGGUUGGAAAAUAAUUUUACAUUGCAAAAUAUUUGAUUUGUAGCCCUGGUGUGUUGAUAAUACUAUCUCUGUCAGAUCUCAUGAGUGUCAGAUCAAUGUAUCUGUUGACACUAGAAGAUGGUUUCAAAGUUUUACAGUUUGCGAUAAAUCCAUGUACCACUUGUAUAUUUGAAACAUGCAUAUAUAAGAAAUGUUUUAUGUACACACGGCACAUGUUGUAACCAUGGCAACACAAAUUGUAACUAUGGCAUUGCAUAUUGUGACAAAGAUGGCGAAGUUGCAACUAUCACAAACAUGUAACCAUGGCAACACUAUUUUAGUGUAAAUAUUUUGAUAAAUAUUUUCUUCAAAUAUUUUGUAAUGGUGACUUCAUUGGUGGCUUUGGCAACAGUUACCGUGGCAACAGUUACCAUGGCAUGCUUGGAGAAUCUUUCAUUUCCUUGAUUUGUGUAUUAAUAUGUAAUAUGUAUUAUUUAUUAACUAUUGUACAAGUUGAUUACUGAUGCUAACCCUGCUGGUCCUGCAGCUGCUUGUCAGUCAAUAUGGACUUCAUCAUUUAACUUAUGUAUGUUGGAGUAGCACAUGACAAGAUGAUCAGAAUGUAUUUAUGUAUUUGCCAGAGUGUAAAUGUCUCAUUUAACUUUAUUGCUUAUUAUGACUGUUGGUGUAUGGAUAAGAGGGAAGAAUGUCUGUAGAAUGUGACGCACGCACACAACGGUACCAAUAGACAUGUAAUAUCACUGAUCGUCUACCUGUUCAGUACAUGCUUUAUGAUUUGUCAUGAACAUGAUGAUAGACUGCUUGAUGACUUCAGGACUUAUCUAGUGUUGUGGGCUUGCUUCUUGUCCAGUAAUAAAGUUCAAGUAUGACUAUUUGUUUAUGUUUUUGAUGAGGUCUGGUGAAAGAGAUGUGAUAAGGUUUAAGCUGUUGAAUACUUAUUGCACGUUACUUUUUAGGAAAUAUAGGAAAAUAUUUGUUUAUUUUCGUCAGAUUUUCAAAAUUGGACAAUAAUGAUUUGGGAUAUAAAGAGGUAUUGAGAAGCAAAGAUAUUUUUCAAUGAAUUUCAGUGAAGCUUAGUCAAGCACCUGCCAAACAGGGUUGUUGGAAUUGGAAGGUUAAGAUGGAUUAUACAGUUUUUAGUUUUCGUUGUGUUGUGAAAUGUUUGAUAUGUUUUAAAGCACAAUGCACCAAUACGACACUUGGUGUGCAUGGAAAUACAUUAUAACACUGAGAGUUUCAUGAUGCAAGUGUUGAGAAUGGGUUGACUUAGCUUGUGUUGUAUGCCUGAUUACCUACUGCUUGUAGCCCCAUUCAUGGUGUGUAUUACCUGGAUGUUCUCUCUGUUCUCAUUGCUGGGCGUUCUCUCGGUUCCCAUUGCUGGACGUUCUCUCUGUUUUCAUUGCCGGACAGUCUCUCUGUUUUCAUUGCUGGACGUUCUCUCUGUUUUCAUUGCUGGACGUUCUCUCUGUUUUCAUUGCUGGACGUUCUCUCUGUUUUCAUUGCUGGACGUUCUCUCUGUUCUCAUUGCUGGGCGUUCUCUCUGUUCUCAUUGCUGGGCGUUCUCUCUGUUCUCAUUGCUGGACGUUCUCUCUGUUCUCAUUGUUGGAUGUUCCCUCUGUUCUCAUUGAUGGACGUUCACUCUGUUUUCAUUGCUGGACGUUCUCUCUGUUUUCAUUGCUGGACGUGCUCUCUGUUUUCAUUGCUGGAUGCUCUCUGUUCUCAUUGCUGGACGUUCUCUCUGUUCUCAUUGCUGGACGUUCUCUCUGUUUUCAUUGCAGGAUGUUCUCUCUGUUCUCAUUGCUGGACGUUCUCUCUGUUCUCAUUGUUGGACGUUCUCUCAGUUUUCAUUGCUGGACGUUCUCUCUGUUCUUAUUGCUGGACGCUCUCUCUGUUUUCAUUGAUUGAGGUUCUCUCUGUUUUCAUUGCUGGACGUUCUCUCUGUUUUCAUUGCUGGAUGUUCUCUCUGUUCUUAUUGUUGGAUGUUCUCUCUGUUUUCAUUGCUGGGCGUUCUCUCUGUUUUCAUUGCUGGACGUUUUCUCUGUUCUCAUUGAUGGACGUUCUCUCUGUUUUCAUUGCUGGACGUUCUUUCUGUUCUCAUUGCUGGACGUUCUCUCUGUUUUCAUUGUUGGACGUCCUCUCUGUUUUCAUUGAUGGACGUUCUCUCUGUUCUCAUUGCUGGGCGUUCUCUCUGUUCUCAUUGCUGGACGUUCUCUCUGUUCUCAUUGCUGGACGUUCUCUCUGUUCUCAUUGCUGGACGUUCUCUCUGUUCUCAUUGAUAGACGUUCUCUCUGUUUUCAUUGAUGGAGGUUCUCUCUGUUUUCAUUGCUGGACGUUCUCUCAGUAAAGUCAAUCAUACCAUCAACAUGUACGUCUUUCAUACCUCAAUUAUUGUGUUGGUGGUUAACAACCAUUUGUCAGUGUGAUGGAGUACUUGUGUAUCAGUUCAUCAUUUGUCAGUGUUGGUUCUUGUGAUGGAGUACUUGUGUAUCAGUUCAUCUUUUCUAUGGCACAAAGAAUCCUUCUUCACUGUCACUGAUAUGGAGGAUGUCCUGUAUUUAUUAAUCACUAUACAAUGGAAUGUACUGUGAGUGGAUAAUUUUGUCCGUAACCAUGACAGUUGGAGAAAAUGGAAGUCAUGGUUUACGACUUGUCUCAGAAUGUUUUGCUUGCUCAUAACAUGCCUCUUUUUUGCAACAUCAGCACAGACUUGUGUUUGUGCAUGUCAGGUUCUUCACAUCAGGUGUGUGUGGGUGGCCAAAUCGUGUAAGCUGCUCAGCGUGCUGUGCAGAGUUAUGUCCCUUAGCUGUCAGGAUCCAGUAGAUGUAGGUUUGAAUCCCAGAUUCGCUGGGAUGAAGAUCCUUGGUCUAGCAACAUGGAUCUUGACCAAGGUGAGAUAUCCAUCUUAAAGCCGUCUAACUGACACACAUGGAACGCACCUUGCCACAUAGGGUGUGUGAUAUUAAGCCUAGACACCCACCUUUUACUAGUUGCUAUCCAUCAUCCACCUAACCCCAGUGACAAGGAAACAAACCUUCAUUAACUUAGGAUGUUUUUGUUCAAUAGAAUUAAAUAUCACAAAUAGAUAUUAUGGUCCAGCACAAGAUUGUCUUACUUAUUUCUGUGCUUUGUGAGCUAGUUUUUCUGAUGGCCUGAGGGGUAACCUUUGGGUAAAAGUGUUGGCUCUUUCCAAUAAAGACUGGGUUUGAAUCCCGGUUUUGCCCCGAUUAUGUUUCUAGGUUUGUCAGCACAUACCCGUGCUCGUGGGUUUCACCGAAGUGGUAACCGUCUGAGACCUGCAUCACUUCGCGCUUUCCUCCCACAUUAAGCUGACAGGCCGCAAUAUAACUGGAAUACUGUGAAAAGCGGCGUUAAACCCAACUCACACACUCGCUCCAAUAAAGAAUCUCGAUUUCUCAUAUGCCAUAAUAUGCAACAAGUACUAAAAUAAUUAAGGACUAUCCAGUACUUUCAUAUUCCUAUAGUUAAUCUGUCAUGCUGUAAUAUGAAAGAAUCAGAUUUUAUUUUAUUUUAGGUUAGUUUAUUUGAGUAGUAUAUUUGAAGCCCAAGCUUGGUGUCACCUUCUGUGUGAUAUGGACAUCCGAAGACAGCGUUAAUGCUAACCCACUCAUAAGUUUUCAGAUUUGUUGCACACAGAGUAAGACUGGGAGGACCCUCUCAGUUAUUCUUUAUUCUUUCUCAAGGCUGCACCAAUUAGUUUGACGACCUUUGUACUUUAUUUUUCAAUGGCGCUUCUUGUGAAGUGGCGUCGCUUGUAUCUAGAGUAGUGUGUGAUAGUGUAGCCUGCAGCACCGUACAGCUGCCGCCAGCUGGCCAUUCCAGUGCUGCACCUAGUUCUUCCAACAAUGCUUGACUGUGAUUUGUGAUCCGUUGUGCUACAGUGUUUACUUGCAUGUGAUCCCCUUUAUUGUCCUACCAUGUUAUAUAUACUACUCAAAGAAGUUAAAGCACACCCCACUCUUUCAUAUUACUGUAGCUCAUACCGUGACAGAUUAACUAUAGUAACAGGAAAGAAGUGGUGUUCUUUAACUUCUUUUGAGUAGUAUAUUUUGUCAGUUGCUUGAGUCAGUGGGAUCCUUGAUGACAAGUCAGAUUGGAACUUAUACAAUACAUGAUAAUUAGAACAUGUUUCAAGUUAUAGGUUUGGCUUAAAAUUGACUUUAUUGUGCAGGGUGCCGUUGUACAAAGCAUUGUUAGCGCUAAGGUGAUUGUAACUCCAUACCUUAACAUAGACAUACGACAGUCGUAACACUAAGGUUGUUUUAUACAACGGCACCCUGGAGUGCUUGUAUCAGAAAGAAAAGGUGAUUAUUUAAAGACAGAUCAGAGUUGAAGGUGUCUCACGUUGUUUACUUCAUUGAGAAUAUUCUGAAACAUUAAAUCCUGUCCUAUACUUGUUUGUGCCGAAGGGGACUUCUCUAUGUAGAAUGUAGCUGUGUAACAAAAUGACCAUUUUUGGAUCAUCUUGAGAAAACAAGGAGAUUUUAAAAUCGAAAACCAAACUCACUAUUACGUCCAUACACAUAUUGAAUAUGCAUACUUGGAUCAGACAAAACAUACAGUUUGUGUACCACAUCAGUUGUGUGUAUUCUAAUCCCCAGCAAGACACACCUAUAUGAUGAUAUGCUACCAUAUGCUCUGUCUUUUCGCUUUAGUCAAGUUAACUGCUUUUUCUACCCCUGUUCCAGUGACAUGUAUUUGAGCAAUGUGGUUUAGAUAGGUGCUAUGUAGUAGGACCUCUCAGUGCUUCAUUGGUAGGACAACCUUCUCACACCUGUAUCUAGUCAGCUGACCAAUAAACUCAUCUGUGGAA